CAGUCUUCGAUUUGCUUCCUUUGCAGUCAAAUUUCGCGCAAUUUAAGACUCGAGUAGGGUGUGAGUCCUUUUAAACCAAUCCUACUUGACGCCAGGUGUGUUUCACUCAGAUAAUUUACAGCAUUAUGUUGAAAUUCAUGAAGAUAUUUGACGCACCUAUGCUUACGUAAUUUAAUCCGGAGAAAGUAAUUGGACCGUUUCGCUACUCAGGUUAGUUCUCAAAAAUCAGAAUUUGCGUCAGCACAGCAAAACGCGCUUCCGUGUCUGUCACUAGGCAAAUAGAAUCAAGUGCGACUUCUCGUAACGUCUAUUUUUCAGAUUUGUUAUGGAACCUGUAUCCCCUGGGAUCAUUAUCUCUGAUGAAUACAAAGGCUAUCAUCCUGAUUUUUUUUGCAUUCCAAAACACUAUGAAGGGGCUUUAGAAUGUGUUUUAGUACCAGGUGGUGUUAUAAAAGACAGAAUUGAACGCCUUGCUCAAGAUAUUGCAGAGGACAUAGGAAAUGAACCAAUUUAUGCUCUAUGUGUUCUUAAAGGUGGUUACAAAUUUUUUACUGAUCUGAUUGACCAAGUAAAGAAGUAUAACCAUUAUGCCACACGGAAUACAAUUCGCAUAUCUGUGGAUUUCAUUCGAUUAAAGAGUUACAAGCAGGAUGCAUAUAGUGUUGGAGAUGUACAGGUUAUUGGAAUUGAUGAUUUAAGUGUCUUAACUGGGAAGAAUGUCCUUAUCGUUGAAGAUGUGAUAGAUACUGGUCGUACUAUCAAAGAACUUCUAAGGCUUGUAAAAUCUUACCAUGUGAAAUCAGCAAAGGUAGCAAGUUUACUUGUGAAGAGAACAAAGAGUAACUUCUAUCGCCCUGAUUACUGUGGAUUUGAAGUUCCUGAUAAAUUUGUAGUUGGAUAUGCCAUAGACUACAAUGAAUAUUUUAGAGAUUUAGAUCAUGUCUGCAUUGUAAAUGAAUAUGGGAAGAAGAAAUUUGGUUCCUCUUAUCCCAAUGGAGCUUCAGUGAGGCAGUAAACAUCUGUGAUUUUUUUAUGUAUAUGUGAUUAUGUAUGCUUUAGAUUCUAGUGGCAGUAUUAUUUCUUAGAGUAUUUAUCAUAGCUUCUAUGUGUUCAUCAAUUCCAUGAAUAAAACUUGAAUUUUUGUAUGCA